UGAACCUUUUCGCCGACGUAUUGGGCGUCUUCGCGCACGGCUCUCUGUCUGUGGAACACAGGCUGAGGAACAAUAGCGCAGUUCGGAGCAGCAUCGCGCAGCUUCUGGAGGCGAUCAGCAAGAACCUUUGUCUCUGCAUCAGAUCGAGAGUGCAGCUCGUAGAACACCAGCGAACGACAGACGAUGAUCCGAUCGAGCCCGCUCCAGCAUACGAUGUCACGAAGGUCGCGUGCCGACGAAUUGGUCGCCAUGUCGCGAACCUGGUCAGAUUUGCGGCGCUGAUACGAUUGCGUAGUAUGCAGCAGUAUCGUGAGCGCAGUGAACAUCAUGAACCUUUGGAUCAUGAUGGUCUGCCUCUCCGAGACUAUUUUGACAAGGUUGUUACACGAGUUCUGAAGGAGACAUUCGAGGACACGGACAUGGCAGGGUUUCUUGACGGCCCACCACAAGAUAUGCAGCAAAGCGUUCCACAGAGGAUAAAACAGACCGUGACUAGCCGGUGGAAGCGUAUAUGCUACCAUAUUGCUCGCUACCAACAAUUACGAGCGUCGGACAGCCCGGCUGAAGAAAACAUGGAUGAUGAGGACACCUUUAUGGAAGAUGUGCAACUCGACGCAGGCGUCAAACACGCUGUUCCCUUGGGAGGCGAUCGAAUCCAUGUUUCGAAGAACGUGGUCAUACCUCAGCACGAGAAAGCCACCACAUUUCAGGGGUCUUUGAACGACCAGGUCAAAGUGCCUCAGCCGCAGAGUAUUACCCCCUCCGUAGCGUUGACAAAUGUUGCAGGGUUCAGCGUCCGGAUGCCCAAACUAAGAAAACAGGAUGUUACGUAUGAGAAUGGAAUGCUCGAGUUCCUCUGUCCUCUAUGCAAGAUCCCGCAGCAGCUGCCGAGCGAUAAGUCUGCUGUUCACCAACAUCGGGCGUGGGAGAAGCAUGCAUUCUACGAUCUGGAACCUUACAUUUGCCUUUUGGAUUGCAAGACGCCAGAAGCCACUUAUCGCACUUUCGAGGACUGGACACGACACAUCAACAACGAACACGCUCGUUAUACUUGGCAGUGCCAAAAUUGUACACAGUCCUGCGAUAAUCAAGCUGCGUUUGAGCAUCACCUGCAGUCCCAGCACGAAGCCAAGCUGACAGCAGGCGAACUAGCCUUCGUAGCCAAGACUUGCGAGCGGCCUGUUGCAGCAUUCUCGGCCUGUUUCUUCUGCGGGAAAUAUGAGCUGACCGGGCAAACACAAGCCGAGAAUAAAGAUGCUGCAGCUGUGCGAGAACGGAAGAUGAUGCAUUGUAUGGCACAGCACAUGAGAUCUUUGGCCUUGACAUCUUUGCCGGAUCAACUGUCAGUUUCAGAUGGCUCUGCUGAAUCAGCAGCAAGAGUCUCAGAUGCAAGCGAAGCCUCAGCCCCGCUUCGGACAGUCACUCAAAGCAACGCCAAGUCGACCGAUCCGAGUAGCGAAGCCUUUGAAAGCAUACUUUCUCAGCUCAAAGUGCAAUACGAGGUGACAGAUGGGCGAGCAGAGUUCACCAACGAGUGGAGACUGAAGUCUGAUCUAAUGAGCUCCGACAACAGGCCUGCGGACCACGAGGAAUUGAUGCUGGACCCAGAAGCUUAUUCCCAGCGGUAUGCCACCGUAUUAUCAGCAAGAUUGAACUUUGUUAGCAAAGAUCCGCCACGAUGGGAUGGAGUACCAUUUGAUGUUCAGGGUGAAAAUGGCUUUGCUUCGUAUCCUGGACUACCACAACAGGAAGGGCAGGAUGGAGGUCCUUCGCGCAGUAUGAGUUUACCGGGCGUGGGCCAGGACAGUCCCAAACCGCCUGCGUCCAACAAACAUCACAAGUGCCCAUAUUGCGAGUUCGAGUUCAGGCGACAUGACGACCUCAAAUCGCAUCUCCUUACUCACAGCCAGGAAAAGCCGUACGUGUGUCAGACGUGCCAAGCACGUUUCCGGCGUCUGUCCGAUUUAAAGCGACAUACCAAGAAGCACACGGCCUCCAAUCUAGUUCACGGUGGACGGUCAUUUGAUGAAGAUGAUAGUGGCUACGCGUCAUUGCAUCAAUACCAGGGUGGCCUAGUCAUGCCAGAUUCCAAUCCACCUCCCAGACCGAAUUUCGAAGCAAAUGCCAUGUUUCAGGAGCCCUCGAAAAACUCGCAACCUUUCUACGGUCAGCUACCCGAGUCUUCAUCUGUUCAAGACCCGUUCAAAUUCUUCGGCGUCAAAAAUCCGCGACUGAACACCGAUCUACCCCCUUCCAUAGCAAGUUGCGACAUUCACUGCCGCUCGCUUUCAAUAGGAGCUUGGAAAGUUGUUGGCCGAACUGUGAAGGACUUAUCAGUCUAUUAUUGGGUCGAUCAGGCGGUAAUAGCAUACUUUUUCAGAGGCAACGGCAUGGGGUGCAAAAUUGAAUAUCCCUUCGCGUGGAUCAAACAUAUCAUGGCAGAUGAACUUGUCAUCGAGCUAAUCAGGCCGCCAAAGUUUUACAGAGAAAACACUGCCAAUUUCACCGGAGAAUUUGUCGAGUGUAGCGACUUCACCGACUACAAGCAAGCCAGUCAGAUCAUGAUACACCGUCUCGAAGGACACACCGAACUUGUAUGCCAGGAGCUUAAAAUCAUGAAGUCACUUGACAUAUAUCGGCAAAGACACGACAAUGCUAGUGCUGCUGUGGACAGCGGACUUCCAUAUCCAUAUGCUAACAUGAUGAAGCGUCCGAUCGAUAAGUUCCAGACGCUUGAUGAAUGGGAAGAGGAUAGCCUCUCGCGCUUAAAGUCUGGACAGGACCCCUCUGCUGCCAGCAGUAUACGCAAACAAAUCCUCCAUGACGACGGAGAGAAUCAUCCCGGACCAGUCCGAGAUGCUGUCGUGACUUCUGACCAUACGACCCUCAGGAUGACACAGGAGCGCAUGGGUAACGAUUUUCGUACUGCGGCUAGACGGAGGGGAAUGCUGCCCUGCAUUUUUCACAUUGGUGAGCCACUCAAAUACCCUGAUCAUACUGGGACUUAUGAGUUCACGUCGCAACUGCUGCGGCACUUGGCGUCAGUGCACGGAUUUCAUGCUUGUCAGAAGUGUUUCACAUUGCGUGCAACGGCUUCACAGUUGCACGACCAUAUCUGCAAGAAAAAUUGUGCAAACGCAAGCUGCAGGAGGGCUGUUCUCUUGGGGGUGGAUCCGCCGAUGGUUUGCCAAUGCAUUACGACUCAGGAGGAACAGUGGCAAGAGCUCUACAAAUUGCAGUACAAUUCGUUGGACCAAGCUGCGACGAGUAGGACUCCGGAGGAACAAUGGCAAGAGCUCUACAAAUUGCAGUUCAAUUCGUUGGACAAAGCUGCGACGAGUAGGAAUGCCGCUCCAUCCACCAUUGGGGGCGAUGAGGAUACCUUACAUGACAUUGAUCGUGCUGGCGAACUCAAAGUAUCGAAGGAUGGACAAUUACGUGGCGGUCGUGAGUAUCAGUGCAGAACCUUUACGCUCCCAGGCCGUGGCACUACGAUUUACAUGUUAGCUACUGAAUGUGCUCGUGUACUGGGCUACCGCGACUCUGACAUUCUGUUCAACGAAAAUCAGACUUUGGGCAAGAUUAUCAUAGGCCAAGCGGAGAAGGAUGACCUACUUGGUCGAAACAUCUUGCCGCGCUUUGAUAGAGCCCGACAAGUUGCCGUCGUUACAGCUCGAUCAAUGUUCAGGCAAUUCGGAAGUCGUGUGAUUGAGGACGGGCAGCCCGGACGCGACGAUUAUUGGGAAGCAGAUGCUCAACACCAAGUUUUUGCAGGGUUCGGUCUCCCCAGCCCCGGGUUUCUCAAUGAGUUCCAAAGCCAUCCAGGCAUCAGAGAUCUCGUUGGAAACAAUCCUCCCGACCGCUACGAGGCCGUAUCUCCCCUUCUGCUGCCCAUUGACAGCACAAGUGCUAAUACUUCGCGAGAUCCGCAACAGUCACACCAGCCACGCAAGGGGCGGAAGAGGCCCGCGACAUGCUGCUUGCCUUGCAGUGAACUCAAUAUACGCUGCGACCUAGGCGUGGAAGGUUGCGUGCAAUGCGCGAGGGCAGGUAUACCGUGCCGAAUGCGCAGCGCGAAUGCUGAGUCUUCGCGAGAUCCGAACGAGCUACGUGACCCACCAGAGGCACAACAAGGCCGUGCGGAAAGCUGUCUGGCCUGUAGAGAACGGAAAUUACGCUGCGAUCCAGGAGACGAUGGCUGUCUGCAAUGCGCGGAGCGAGGGACACCAUGCCGGAUGCUAAGCCGCCGCAGAGUAAAGCCAUCUGGGCCAACAUCUCAGUACCCAAUGCCACUGGAGGAGCACGAAAUCACUCAAUCGAAAGCUCUAGAGACUGUACGACCUGAAGAUACCAUGGACGUGGAUACGGAUGAAGAGGGUGGCCAAGUUGUUCACAUGGCACGGGUUCAACCAGGUGUACCUUUGAACACAAGUCCCGUUUUGAACAAAUUUUGACUGAGCCAAGUGCAGGAGAAGCAUAUUGUAGCGGCUCAUUUGCGAGCACUCAACAAAAUACAUCGAGGUGCAAUGGAACCUAAUCAACAGAUCCGGCGCAAACGUAGCGUUGGUGAUGCUCGCGACUUGCGACACCUCAUUUGUCUGCCAAGUGUUGCGAUUGCUUCCAGCUCUUGUUUGUUUCAUGACUUGGCUCAACAGAUGACCAACACAUCGCCAGCGAGCAGCCUCACGUCUGGAGGACGAUGAGGCACUCGCUGCGUUGCGAAACAACGUAUUGCUCCUCUCAUAAGCAUCGAGAUGCUCGAAGACGCACAGCGCCAUUCGAAAGUCU